GUCGGCCGGGGCCCGGACGCCGCCUCCUCCCCGCAGCCCUCCGGCUUGCACCGCCGCCGCCGAGCAUGGAAGAAUUAAUAGUUGAGCUGCGUCUGUUCCUUGAACUCCUGGACAACGAGUACCUGACAUCCACCGUCAGGGAGAAGAAGGCCGUCAUCGCCAAUAUCCUCCUGAGGAUCCAGGCCGCCAAAGGUGAGGGCUGGAAUCCGAGCCUCCGCCAGGCUUCCCGGCGCUUACAACGGUGCUCGGCACCCCCCGCACCACCAAGAUGCCCCCUGCCGGAAAUCCCUCAGCAGUGGCUGCCUCCGGACAGCGGACCUCCCCCGCUGCCGGCCUCGUCGCUCCCGGAAGGCUACUACGAGGAGGCCGUGCCGCUGAGUCCCGGAAGAGCCCCCGAAUACAUCACAUCGAAUUAUGACUCAGAUGCCAUGAGCAGCUCUUACGAGUCAUACGACGAGGAAGACGAAGACGGAAAGGGGAAGAAAAUGCGGCACCAGUGGCCUUCGGAAGAAGCUUCGAUGGACCUGGUGAAAGAUGCCAAGAUCUGCGCCUUCCUGUUGAGGAAGAAACGAUUUGGACAGUGGACGAAGCUACUCUGCGUGAUUAAAGACACCAAACUCCUGUGUUACAAGAGUUCGAAAGAUCAGCAGCCGCAGAUGGAGCUGCCUCUUCAGGGCUGCAGCAUCACCUACAUCCCCAAAGACGGCAAGAAGAAGAAGCACGAGCUGAAAAUAUCCCAGCAGGGCACGGAUGCCCUAGUGCUGGCAGUGCAGAGUAAGGAGCAAGCGGAGCAGUGGUUGAAGGUGAUCAGAGAAGUGUACAGCGGCUGCAGUGGAAACGCGGAUUCAGACGGCCCUUCCUCCACCUCCCCCGUGCACAAGACGGAACUGGAAAAGAAACUGUCCUCGGAGAGGCCCAGCUCGGACGGCGAGGGCGCUGCCGACAACGGACCCGCUCUGUGUAACGGAAAGGAACAAGUUAAGAGGAAGAAGAGCAACAAGCCGGAGUCCAAGGGGGCGGUGACGAAGGUGACGGGGAAGAAGAUCACCAAGAUCAUCGGGCUGGGGAAGAAGAAGCCGUCGACCGACGAGCAGACCUCGUCGGCGGAGGAGGACGUCCCGACGUGCGGCUACCUGAACGUGCUGUCCAACCACCGGUGGCGGGAGCGCUGGGCCCGCGUCAAGGACGGCCGGCUCCUGCUCCACAAGGACCGCACCGACCUCAAGACCCACCUGGCCGCCCUCCCCCUCCGCGGCGGACAGGUGGCCCCCGGCCUGGACCCCCGACACCCGCUGGCCUUCCGCCUGCUGCGCCACGGACAGGAAGUGGCCGUCCUCGAGGCCCCGUCUUCGGAGGACAUGGGCCGGUGGAUCGGGAUUCUGCUGGCCGAGACGGGCUCGUCCACGGACCCCGGGGCUCUGCACUACGACUACAUCGAUGUGGAGAUGACCGCCAACGUCAUUCAGACGGCCAAACAGACCUUCUGCUUUAUGAACCGACGAGUCAUUUCCACGAAUCCCUACCUGGGAAGCGUUUCCAACGGUUAUGCCUGCCCCAGCGCAACGGCGCUCCACUAUGACGACGUCCCCUGCAUCAACGGAUCGUGGGAGCCGGAAGCCGACCUUCCCACCCUCCGAAGCAGGAGCUCGGGCGAAGAAGCGCUUUAUGAUAACGCAGGCCUGUACGAUAACUUGCCGUCUCCGAAAAUCUUUGCACGCGUCCCACCCGCUGACCGAACGGCCACCGGACUAGCUCCCGACAAACUGUCCACUAACCCUUCCCAACAUCCCGUCUCGUCCGGUCUGUCUUCUGCUCAGUCUGUCACUAACCGCUCUUCCGUGGCCAGGUUCAAAAGCAAGAAGCCCCCCGCGACGGCCAAUGGGGUCCUGAGCAAAGAAAGAGCGGUCGCCAACCAGCAAAAGAAAGUCGAUUCGCUGAGUAGUGUCAAGCGCAGCUCGUCUAAUGCCGAUCAGUAUAAGUACGGCAAGAACCGGGUGGAAGCGGACGCCAAGAGGCUCCAGGCCAAGGAAGAGGAGCUGCUGAGGAAGAAGGAAGGCCUGAGGAACCGGCUGGCCCAGCUGCGGAAAGAAAGGAAGGACUUGCGCGCCGCCAUCGAAGUCAACGCUGGCAGGAAGACCCAAGUCAUCCUGGAGGACAAGUUGAAAAAGCUGGAGGAGGAAUGUAAGCACAAGGAGACGGAGCGGGUGAACUUGGAGCUGGAGCUGACGGAGGUGAAAGAGAGCCUGAAGAAAGCUCUGGCAGGAGGGGUCACCCUGGGCUUGGCCAUCGAGCCGAAGUCCGGAACUUCAAGCCCUCAGUCUCCGGUUUUCAGGCACCGAACGGUGGAAAACUCUCCCAUCUCGAGUUGCGACACCAGUGACACGGAAGGCUCGUCGGCCGCGACCCGGCCCGCGGCUGCCCAGGGACAGCGCGCCACGCCCGCCAACUCCCCGUGCCGCGGCCACGUGCUUCGGAAAGCCAAGGAAUGGGAGCUGAAGAACGGGAGCUAACGCCGACGCGGCCCCUGGUCCUCCCCUUCACCACGGCCCGCCGACCCCAACGAUCAGGAUGCCAGCCGACCCUCCGGAGACCCGACCGGAGAGAGGGUCCCCGCGACGCCAGGCCUGAGGCGAAGACCCCCCACCCCGUCCAGAUCCCCAGAACUUGGCUCUCCUUUCCUCGCUCUCUUUCUACUGUAUAAUGAUGACCCUUUUUUA